GCUCAGUGGGUUAAGCUGCUGCCUUUGGCUCAGGUCAUGAUCUCAGGGUCCUGGCAUCGAGUGCCACAUCAGGCUCUCUGCUCAGUAGAGGGCCUGCUUCCCUUCCUCUCUCUCUGCCUGCCUCUCUACCUACUUGUGUUCUCUCUCUGUCAAAUAAAUAAAUAAAUUUCUUAAAUCUUUUUAAAAAAUAAAUAAAAUAAGAUCCCAACAGCAAAAAACAAAACAAAAAACAAAAAACCCAAGAGUUAAAAAAAAAAAAACUUUUCAAAAAAAAAAUCACAGAUCUAGAAUAUAUGUUAUUUUAUUACAGGAUCAUAUGUUUGGCCACACUGCUUAACACCGUGCACUCAACCGCCCGUCACUAUUAUGAUUAUUUAUUCCUACCCAGCCUGGGAAGAGAUGUUGAUUAGCACGAUAAUAACAGGAUCUUACAUUUUUUGAAUGUUUACUAUGUGCCAAGCCGGGUUUUACAGAUGAGAAGGCUGAAGCUCAGAUCAGUCACCUGUCCAGGGUCACAGAAUAAGAAAGUCUGCCUGCCUCAGAAACCCAGAAACCGGCACUGUUCCUGAACCCCAAGUGGCCGCGGGGGGGCCCCCCAGGGCCCCUGCCGCCUCCCGCGGGACCAGCAGGGCGGCCUCCUCCGGCUUAUCUCAGCCCAGGCUGCGUGUGGUCCCACCCCCUCGGGGGAGCUGCCACUUGGAGGCGCCUGGCCGGGAAGGGCCUGGUCAGCUGUGUCCGGCGGAGGCAGCUGCUGACCCAGCUGUGGAUUGUGCCAGGGGCGGAAGGGGGGCAGGGGGCAGGGGCCCUGGGCCCCCCAUCGCCAGGGACUGCAUCAUGGAUCACUUUCGGGCCCACCUCUGGCCCGGUGUCUGCUCUCUCUGUUUAUUGCUCGCUGGGGCCGCCUGGGCUUCCCCACCCAAAUCCCUGGACCCCAAGUUUGAAAGUAAAGCGGCCCUGCUGGCUGCCCGCGAGCCCGAAGAGCUUCUGUGCUUCACCGAACGGUUGGAGGACUUGGUGUGUUUCUGGGAGGAAGCGCCAAGCGCCGGGGUCGGCCCCAACAACUACAGUUUCUUUUACCAGCUCGAGGGUGAGCCAUGGAAGCCAUGCAGUCUGCACCAGGCGCCCACGGCUCACGGCGCUGUGCGUUUUUGGUGCUCGCUGCCUACGGCCGACACGUCGAGCUUCGUGCCCUUAGAGCUGCGCGUCACAGCGGUAUCCUCGGGCGCUCCACGCUAUCGCCGUAUCAUCCACAUCAACGAAGUGGUGCUCCUGGAUCCCCCCACGGGGCUGCUGGCACGGCGGGCGGACGAGGGCGGCCACGUGGUACUGCGUUGGCUCCCGCCUCCUGGGGCCCCGGUGGCCAGCCUCAUCCGCUACGAAGUGAACAUUUCCUCUGGCAACAUCGCAGCGGGCGCACAGAAGGUGGAGAUCCUAGAUGGUCGCACUGAGUGCUUGCUGAGCAACCUUCGGGGUAGAACGCGUUACACCUUCAUGGUACGCGCGCGGAUGGCCGAGCCGAGCUUUGGUGGCUUCUGGAGCGCCUGGUCCGAGCCUGCGUCGCUGCUGACAGUUAGUGACUUGGACCCCCUCAUCCUGACGCUCUCCCUCAUCCUCGUGCUCAUCCUGCUGCUGCUGGCCGUGCUCGCCCUGCUCUCCCACCGCAGAGCUUUGAAGCAGAAAAUCUGGCCUGGCAUCCCAAGCCCUGAGAGUGAGUUUGAGGGCCUCUUCACCACCCACAAGGGUAACUUCCAGCUGUGGUUGUACCAGAAUGAGGGCUGCCUUUGGUGGAGCCCCUGCACACCCUUUGCAGAGGACCCACCCGCUCCCCUGGAAGUCCUCUCUGAACGCUGCUGGGGGGCAACACAGGCCGUGGAGCCAGGGGCAGAGGAUGAGGGACCCCUGCUGGAGCCAGUGGGCAGUGAACAUACCCAGGACACCUACCUGGUGCUGGACAAGUGGUUGCUGCCCCGGAACCCCCCCACUGAGGAUCUGCCACGGCCUGAUGGCGGUUUGGACAUGGUAGCCAUGGAUAAAGGCUCAGAAGCAUCCUCCUACUCAUCUGCUUUGUCCCUGAAGCCUGGGCCAGAGGGGGCCUUGGGUACCAGCUUUGAGUAUACAAUCCUGGAUCCCAGCUCCCAGCUCUUGCGCCCAAGGGCACUGCCCCCUGAGCUGCCCCCCACCCCACCCCACAUAAAGUACCUGUACCUCAUGGUGUCCGACUCUGGCAUCUCAACUGACUACAGCUCAGGGGGCUCCCAGGGAGCCCAGGGGGACUCAUCGAAUGGCCCCUUCUCGAAUCCUUAUGAGAACAGCCUCUCCCCAGCCUUGGAGCCUUCACCUCCCAGCUACGUGGCCUGCUCCUAGGACUCCAGCCCUCAGAUGCUUGGAGACCCAGGAUGACCUCAAGUGCUAGUCCAGGCCUAAGACUUAUUGAGCAGGGUUGGUGAGGCCACCCUUGGGUUUCUGCCCAGUCCAUCCUUGCUCAGUCCAUCCUUGCAGUAUUUUGAAAUUGUAUAGAGUUGUGUGUGUGUGUGUGUAUGCAUGUAUGUGUGUCUUUUUUUUUUUUUUUCUUUCCUAUCAUGACUUCUACAAACAUCCUGUAAGCCCCAUCUUUCCCUGGGCCCAGGCCAUAGGGGCAGCAGUAAAAGGCCUCAAGCUCCAACUCAAAUUUUGGAUCUGGCAACCUGAAUAAUAAUCAUAAUAGCAUGAAUUAGUCAGUAUAUGUUAUACUAGCUGCCAUAACAAACAACUCCUAAAUAUGAGUGACUUAACACAUCAAAUGCUUUCUCUCUCCUAUUUCAGUGCAAACCUGUAGAUGGGCAGCCAUCUCUGGGACAAGUGAGAAGCCUGGACUCUUCUGGUCUCUGGCUUCACCAUCCCCCCAGGGCCACACUGAGAUCUUUAGAUGGGUCCUCUGUGUCUUGCCAACCAACAAGCAGAACAAAGAGCAGAAGAUUUGGUGGGCCAUUUUAGGGAGUAGGCUAAGAGGUAGUAAUCAUCUCUUCUUCACAAAUUCCAUUGGCCAGAAACACUCAAGAAUCCCUGUGGGAUCACAGGA